AUGGAACCUGUCCUCAAUGCUUUACACACGGAACUUAUUCCCGUAUCACACGAGUCGCCUAAAGAGGGUGAUGAUCAUUUAAUCAAACCUUCCAGCACAACAGCCAUCGAGACAACUGAAAUGGAGCUCUCCAGCUCUACUUCGUCAGGACGGGAGACUUCUCGCGAUCCUCCUGUCGUGGAAUCUGCUACUUCGGACACUUCUCUGAAAAUCUUGGAAGUCAUCUUCGACUAUGCCCUGAACAAAUUUAGCGAUUCAAGGCAACGGCUUGAGGCCGGUAGACCGAGAUUCCUGUCAGUCAUCGAAAAGUUUAUUUCCGUAGGAGCCCCGGUGGAAACAUGUUUGCCUGCGUUUCCUUUCAAGUGCGUAAUCCUGACCAUUUGUUCAGUUGAGACUGUGGUUAUCUCGCCCAGAUUGUUGAGACGCACACUAUCCCACUUAAAAACACGUCUUAUAACUGUUUUCAAAGCGUGGAAAUGGAGACUAAUGCUACAAGUAUCCAGGUCGGCCAAUAAAGUCUACAAGGUUCUUGGUAUCUUGCCUGACAAGGCUGAAGAGAUUGCUCUCAAGCGAUUAAACGACAUGUGUCUGCGUAUUGGCACAGUCCACGCACCUGGUGCAAGAUGUACCAUCAUCUCAGAUGGUCUUGUCUACAAUGGUCUGUUAUACAUUCCGUGGAUUGCUUGGGAACAGUUGAAUUCUAGACUCAUUCGUUCUACAGACUUGUUGAGCAUAUCGGAUCGCGACACGUGGGCAUAUGGACAAGCCCUCCGAGCAAUGGCUUUGGAGAAGGGGUUCGAUCGCAUCAGGUUCUCCCGGCUUCGAGAUUUUGUCGACUUUCCUUUGCCAGACAAGUUGGAAGAGAUUACGUACGUCGCUAAUGCUACCAAUUUUCGACGAUUCAUCUUCAAUAAAUUUGGGAAAGACGAUAUUGACAUCGAUUACGAAAUCGCUACAAACCCGGAUACAAAAAUGACUUACCUUGGAUAUCGAAGAUUCUUGGAGUCCGAUUUGAAGUAUAUCUUCCCACUUGGCGAUGGCCGGUCGAAUCAUAGCUACAAGAAAGCCGUGGGGUAUGUCGCAAAACAGAUGCUCAUUCGAGGAUACGCCUUUGCAAGCGUUGUCAAGCACGCUUUUGGAGACCACUUACGUCUUUCUAUUCAUCAAUCUACCGGUGAGCAUAAGAUAUCCAUGAGUCUGCUAAACACAAAAACCGGGUUUACCACUCCAUGGCACUGCAGCGUCGCAUUAAUGGCAGAUGGCGAUUGGGUCAGCGCACCGAUGGGGGAAUUCAAGAACGAUCCCAGGAUGAAGCUUGUGUACGAGAAUGAUCGUCCCAGCUAUUUCGAGGAGGUCACGGUUGACGAGGGUGGCCACGAAUGCUGUUCAGGUCUAGCUGUCGAGGUGUCUAAAGAUAGCAACCAGGUACUUACACUUGAAUAA